AUUCUCGCGCUAAGCAACAAAUCAUAGCCUGCUUAUCUCUUCCAACGUGAAGACAGUUUUUUCCUCAGAAAUUUAGAACCUUUUAGGCAUAGUAACUUCCCAGCUCCAUUCGAAAUGGGCCUUUCGACUCACAUUUUGGACACCAGCCGCGGAAAACCGGCCGCAAAUGUGAAGAUCAUGCUGUACCGUGCCGUGGACGGAGCUCCGGAGACGUGGGAAAAGACCGGCGAAGGAGUAACCGACAGCGACGGUCGGUAUAGGGGAUUUUAUGGCGAUAAUCCGGAUGCGUUUACCGCCGGGCUGUACAAGUUGCGCUUCCAGGUUGGACUCUAUUAUGAACAGUUGCGGACGGAAACGUUGUAUCCGUUCGUUGAGAUUGUUUUCGACAUCAAGGACGCCAGCCAGCACUACCACAUUCCACUUUUGUUGAACCCAUUCGGAUAUUCUACAUACAGAGGAUCUUAAAUAGUUCAGCUUAAAUGUAUUUGAUAAUAAAGCGCAA